AUGGAAGGGGUAGCAAAGAUUGCAGUGAUGGUGGUGUGUUUGAUGGGAGGGAGCAUGUUCGCAGUGAGGGGUGAAGAUCCUUACCUCUUCUUCACAUGGAACGUAACCUACGGGACUCUCUCUCCCGCCGGAGUGCCCCAGCAGGUUAUUCUCAUUAAUGGGGAAUUCCCAGGUCCCAAUAUCAACUCCACCAGCAACAAUAACGUCGUCGUCAAUAUUUUCAACAACCUCGACGAGCCCCUGCUUUUCCAUUGGGCGGGAAUCCAACAAAGGAAGAACUCCUGGCAAGACGGUGUAGUCGGCACCAACUGCCCCAUUCAGGCAGGCACCAACUACACCUACCAUUUCCAAGUCAAGGAUCAGAUUGGAAGCUUUUUCUAUUACCCCAGCAUUGGCAUGCAACGCGCCGCCGGGGGCUUCGGUGGCCUCCGCAUCAACAGCAGGUUGCUCAUCCCCGUGCCAUACGCAGACCCCGAGGACGACUACACCUUGUUGGCCGGCGACUGGUACACCAAGAGCCACUCCACCCUCAGCAAGUUCCUCGAUAGUGGCCGCGCCUUGGGUCGCCCCCAGACCAUUCUUGUGAACGGGCAGAACGCCAAGGGCGAUGGCACUGACAAGCCCCUCUUCACGAUGAUCCACGGCAAGACCUACAAGUACCGUCUCUGCAACGUGGGUCUCAAAAACUCCGUCAACUUCCGCUUCCAAAACCACCAGAUGAAGCUCGUCGAGUUGGAAGGGUCUCACACCGUGCAGAACAUGUACGACUCUCUCGACGUCCACCUUGGCCAGUGCUUCGGCGUCCUCGUCACCGCUGACCAAGAGCCCAAAGACUACUACGUUGUCGCCUCAUCCCGCUUCACCAAAGUCGUCCUCACCGGCAAGGGAAUCAUCCGCUACACCAACGGCAAGGGCCCAGCCUCCCCUGAAAUCCCCGAGGCCCCCGUCGGCUGGGCCUGGUCUCUCAAUCAGUUCCGCUCCUUCCGCUGGAACUUGACCGCCAGCGCCGCCAGGCCCAACCCUCAGGGCUCCUACCACUACGGAAAAAUCAACAUCACUCGCACCGUCAGGCUCGUUAACUCCGUCAGCAGGGAUAACGGCAAGCUCCGCUACGCCCUCAACGGGGUUUCUCAUAUUGAUGGAGAGACUCCACUCAAGCUCGCCGAGUACUUCGGCAUCGCCGACCAGGUCUUCAAGUACGACACCAUUGUCGAUGACCCACCAGCCAACAUUGUAAACACUAUGACCAUCCAGCCCAAUGUUAUCAAGUUCGAAUACCGCACCUUCAUCGAGAUCAUCUUCGAGAACCACGAGAAGAGCGUCCAGUCAUACAAUUUGAACGGUUUCUCCUUCUUCGCCGUCGCUAUUGAGCCUGGGACUUGGAACCCUGUGAAGAGAAAGAACUACAAUCUUCUCGAUGCUGUGAGCAGGCACACUAUUCAGGUAUUCCCCAAGUCUUGGGCUGCUAUAAUGUUGACAUUCGACAACGUUGGAAUGUGGAACUUGAGGUCGGAGCUCGCUGAGAAUCGCUACUUGGGGCAACAGCUCUACAUCAGUGUUCCAACCCCAGCACGUUCUCUGAGAGACGAGUACAACAUGCCCGACUACGCUCUGGUCUGUGGCGCCGUCAAGGGUCUCCCAAGGCCACCAUCAUAUGUCUGA